AUGGUUAUUGAGGUAGCCCAUGAGGGACACCCAGGGAUUGUUUGUAUGAAACGCCGUCUAUGGAUUGAAGUAUGGUGGCCUGGAAUAGACAGAGACGCAGAACGAUUUUGUAAAACAUGUCAUGCGUGUCAGUUAGUAAACCAACCUCAGGCACCAGAACCAACAAAACCAACUGAACUACCAACGGGUCCAUGGCAACAUGUUUCAGCCGAUCUCAUGUGUUUGCCAUCUGGUGACUAUCUUUUUGUAGUCGUGGAUUAUUUUAGUAGAUACUUUGAGGUCGACACAAUGCGGAGUACUACCACUGAGCGGAUCAUCAAAAGCUUGAGAAAAAUAUUUCUCACACACGGAUUACCGUUAGGUAUCACAACUGACAACGGUCCUCAGUUUAUUGCAGACUCAUUCGCCUAUUUCCUUGCUGAACAAGGAAUAGAACAUAGACGCGUGACACCUCUUUGGCCUCAAGCCAAUGGGGAAGUGGAGAGGCAGAACAAGUCGCUCCUUAAACGUGUUAGAAUCGCUCAAAUUGAAAAGAAAAACUGGAAGGAGGAAAUUGAAAAUUAUUUAAUGAGUUAUCGCACAACUCCUCACACAGUGACAGGUGUGAGCCCCGCAGAACUUCUCUUCAAACGUAAAUUAAGAACACGGUUACCCGCCAUUGAGGAUUAUUCCGGAGACAUCUGCGAUCGAGACAAUGAACAAAAGGGAAAAGACCAAGAUAUAUGCGGACAAAUCCAGAAAUGCUAA